AUGCUUUCUUUACAGCCACAUAUACGGCGGAUACCGCGGUUAAUAAGGCUUCGGCCUCCAAAUAAUGUCGCUCGUUUCUCCAAUCCGCGACCUUUUACCAGCAACUCCCAACUGCUGCUUAUUACCGCACCCGCCAACAGACCACAGCUCCCUUUCCUCUACACCUCUUCGGCUUCCGGACACCCUCUAUUCCCUGGUCGAGCGCUCAAUGUGGUGACCCUUGGUCGGCAUGUAACGCGUCUUAUAAGCACGGAACGCCGAAGAAAGAUAACCAAUGGCAUAAAAAUCGGUUUGACGGUUUACGCGAUUAUUCUGCUUCUAUACGUUGCGCAACAGGGUCUCUACCAAGAAACUAUAGAGCGUAUGUUUCCUACACCACCGGAAUGGUCAUGGAAAAGUAGAUGGUAUCUACGGACUGCAAUGGCUCUGCAAUCUCCUGAGAAAAUGGGCCGAGUGGCUACCAGCUGGCCUGGUGUAGGAAGUUACUACAGGGAGCUAUUGGCCCGGUUAGAAGAUCCUGAAAUUGACGGUAAAGGGUUGAAAGAGCGGAUUAUCAAUGCUGGAGAAGGGGAGGCCAUAUUAAUUGAUGGAGUGGGUAGAGGAGGAUAUGACAUUGAAGGAAUGAGCGAGCCUUGGAAGAAGGGCUACUUUGAAUGUCUGAUGGGAGCCGCCGAGACAGCUGAAAAACUUGAUGGAUGGCUAGAGGACACGGUGACGCAUAUUGCCUCCCCUCCAGAAUACGUUGUGGGCCCCUCAAAUCCACGGCCAAAGCAAGGACCGAAAGGUUCAAUUGCUCCGCUCGAGGAGAACUGUGUGCCAGCAUACCAGAGCCCGUCAGUCUUUUACAUGAAAAUAUUAACAACCAAGGGAUUCCAAACCAACCAGAAGCUUGACGCUGCCCUGGCUUAUGCUGACUGGCUUGAUUAUAAAGGGUUGAAAGACACUGCUGGAGAAGUGUACCGGUGGGCCAUGGAUAUCGCGGUUGAAGGCCUUAGUGUUGACCCCCAGAAAGUCGUUGACCCGAAGACUGGCAUUCUAAAGGACGGCGGAAAUAAAUAUGUAACAGAAAAUCUACUUCGAACUUCCAAGGCAAUGGGCGUUCAUCAAGUACGCACUGGCGAUAUAACAUCAGCUUUGGCCGUCUUUCUCUCUGUCCUAAAAUCCCGGCGGAGUGUGACUGCAUCAGAAGACUCACUCCCGAAGGCUGGCAGCUCAAGACAGGAUAAAUCAAAGACAAAGAAGAACGAUGCAAUAACCGCCAUCUCUUCGUUCAUCUCUCCACCUCCAUACCCCAUUCCAGUCCGGACGGGAAACGAACCUCCCGUCCGCUCUCAAUCCUCUGCUUGCGAAGAAGCAGGUCUAAUGGUGUAUAUCGGCGAGAUUAUAUACGCCUCCUCUUCCCAAGAGACUGGCCUAACCUGGACUCGCGACGCUGUCGACCAGGCCGAGAUAGCCCUUCUUCAACUUGAUGCGCUGCAGGAACAGAAACGCCUCGCAGCCUCACCGAGUCAUGGGAUGCAGUAUCAGUCUAUGGAAGAGCAAUGCCAGCAUUGCCUCCGGUCAGGUCUUAAAAACUGGAAACAGAUGGUCCGCUCACUUGUUGUCAAGGCCGAGAAGGAAGAACUAAAGGCUAUGGACGAAGUUAACAACUACUGGUUUGGUCGUGGGCCAAAGAAAGUAGCUGAGAAGCAAACCCAGCGUCGUCGAUGGGAGGCAGAGGAGAUGAUAUUGGGUGAUCGUGCCAAACGGAUCCAGCGUCUCAUCGGGGAUGACGGGUUUUCUGCUCUGACCUCAGGAGAUAGGGUGUUCUUUGGUUGA